AGCGGCGAGCGCCUGCGCCGCCAUCUUAGUUCGUCGCCGGCGGGGGAGGACGCGGCGGCCGCCGGAGCGAAGGGGUCGGCCGCUCGUUCGCAGCGCCUCCGUCCGCUCCUCGGCGUGUGCGGUCGGCCCGGGGGCGCCGUCGGGGCGCGCGCGGCGGAGAAGCCCCCCUGCGCGGCCGAGAUGCGGCUGCUCGCCCCGCUGGCCCCGGCCUGCCUCCUGGCGGCGCUGCUCUGCGGCGGCCUCCGCGCUGCCCGAGUUAACAAGCACAAACCAUGGAUUGAGACCACUUACCAUGGCAUUGUUACCGAAAAUGACAACACAGUGCUUUUGGACCCUCCGUUAAUAGCCGUGGAUAAAGAUUCACCUCUUCGUUUUGCAGUCUUUCCUGAAGACUUGGGUUUAUCUUUUCUCCCUUUAGAGAGUUUUGAGGUGACCGUCACCAAAGAAGGUGAGAUUUGUGGAUUUAAAAUCCAUGGUCAGAAUGUCCCCUUUGAAGCUGUGGUGGUGGAUAAAUCCACUGGGGAGGGGAUGAUCCGAUCCAAAGAGAAACUUGACUGCGAACUGCAAAAGGGAUACACUUUCACCAUCCAGGCCUACGACUGUGGGACCGGACCGGAUAGAGCAAAUAUGAAAAAAUCCCACAAAGCCACCGUGCACAUCCAGGUGAACGACGUCAACGAGUACGCGCCGGUCUUUAAGGAGAAAUCCUACAAAGCCACUGCGAUCGAGGGGAAGCGGUACGACAACAUCCUGAGGGUGGAGGCGGUGGACGCCGACUGCUCCCCGCAGUUCAGCCAGAUCUGCAGUUACGAGAUCGUAACCCCGGAGGUUCCCUUCGCAAUCGACAAAGACGGUUACAUCAAGAACACGGAGAAGCUGAGCUUCAGCAAGGGGCACCAGUAUAAGCUCACCGUGACGGCCUACGACUGCGGGAAGAAGAGAGCUGCCGAGGAUGUGCUGGUGAAGAUUAGCAUUAAGCCGACCUGCAAACCAGGCUGGCAGGGCUGGAGCAAAAGAAUGGAAUACGAGCCUGGGACGGGGGCCCUUUCCCUCUUCCCCAACAUCCAUCUGGAGACCUGUGACGAGCCCAUCACUUCCGUCCAGGCCACAGUCGAGUUGGAGACCAACCACAUUGGGAAAGGCUGCGACCGAGACACUUACUCGGAGAAGUCCCUCCACCGGCUCUGCGGCGCUUCCUCUGACACAGCCGAGCUGCUGCCCUCCCCGAGCAACGCGGCCAACUGGACGCUGAGCCUGCCGACGGACAAUGGCCACGACAGUGACCAGGUCUUCGAGUUCAACGGCACCCAGGCCGUCAAGGUUCCCGACAGCGUGGUCACCAUCAGCAUGAAAGAGCCCUUCGUGAUUUCGGUGUGGAUGAGGCACGGCCCCGGGGCCAGGGAGAAGGAGACCAUCCUCUGCAACUCGGACAAAACAGACAUGAGCCGUCACCGUUACUCCCUCUACGUGCACAAUUGCCGGCUGGUCUUCCUCUUCCGCCAGGACCCCUCCGAGGGGCAGAGUUACAAGCCCGCCGAAUUCCACUGGAGGCUGAAUCAGGUUUGUGAUCAGGAAUGGCACCACUACAUCCUCAGCGUGGAGUUCCCAGUGGCCACGCUCUACGUCGACGGCGUUUCCUUUGAUCCCUUCCCGGUGACCAAGGAUUAUCCGCUUCAUCCCUCCAAAAUCGAAUCGCAGCUAGUCGUUGGAGCCUGCUGGCAAGAAUAUACGGGAAAUGAGAAUGACACCAAAAGGGCGACGGAGAGCUCUUCAGGGGGCGACCUCCGGAUGGCCCAGUUCUUCCGAGGCAACCUGGCCGGCUUGACCAUCCGCUCUGGCACACUGGAGAGCAAGAAGGUGAUCGAUUGCCUGUACACCUGCAAGGAAGGGCUGGACCUGCCGACCACAGAUGGCGCUGGGAAAGGGCUGAAGAUCCACAUGAACCCGAGCCGGUCGGCCCUGAGCUUGGAAGGCGGCGACAUCGAGCGGUUCGACAAAGCCAUGCAGCACAUCUCGUAUUUGAACUCGCGUCAGUUCCCCACACCCGGCAUCCGGAGGAUCAAAAUUACCAGCACGGUGAAGUGCGCCGACAACGAAGCCUGCAUCGCCAUUCCGCCCGUCGAGGGGUACGUCGUGGUCCUGCAACCCGAGGAGCCCAAGAUCAGCCUGAGCGGCAUCAACCACUUCGCCCGUUCGGCUUCGGAGUUUGAGGGUCCCAAGGGGGUGUCGCUCUUCCCCGAGCUGCGCAUCAUCAGCACCAUCACCCGGGAGGUUGAACCGGAAGGAGAGGGAGAAGAGGACCCCACGGUCCAAGAAUCCUUGGUGUCAGAAGAAAUCAUGCACAAUUUGGACACCUGUGAGGUCUCGGUGUUGGGGGAGGAACUGAACCAGGAGCAGGAGAGUUUGGAGGUCGACCUGGUGCGGCUGCAGCAGAAGGGGAUGGAAAUGAGCAGCUCCAGCCUGGGCCUCAUUCUUACUGGGGUGGAUACCAUGGCUAGCUACGAGGAGGUUCUGCACUUGAUCCGGUACCGUAACUGGCACGCCGUGUCUCUCUUUGACCGGAAGUUCAAGCUGGUGUGCUCGGAGCUCAACGGGCGCUACGUUAGCAAUGAAUUCAAGGUGGAAGUGAAUGUCAUCCACACAGCUAACCUCAUGGAGCACGCCAGCCAUAUUGCUGCCCAGCAGCCCCAGUUUGUCCAGCCUGUCCAUCAUUCCUUUGUUGACCUCUCUGGCCACAAUCUCGCUAACCCUCACCCAGGGUUUUCCGUGGUCCCAAGCACUGCCACCGUGGUGAUUGUGGUGUGCGUCAGCUUCCUGGUUUUCAUGAUCAUCCUGGGGGUCUUCCGGAUCCGAGCUGCCCACCAGCGGACAAUGCGGGAUCAGGACUCCGGCAAGGAGAACGAGAUGGACUGGGACGACUCGGCGUUGACCAUCACAGUGAACCCCAUGGAGACCUACGAGGACCAGCACAGCAGUGAGGAGGAGGAGGAGGAGGAAGAGGAGAGCGAAGAUGGGGGAGAGGAAGAUGACAUCACGAGCGCCGAAUCAGAGAGCAGCGAGGAGGAGGAGGAGGGGGGCGAGCAGGAGGAGGACCCCCAGCACGUCACCCGGCAGCAGCAGCUGGAGUGGGACGACUCCACCCUCCCCUAUUGAGCCCCACCCUCCCCGCUCUCGUUGUCGAUUCUUUGUUCUUCUGGUCCAAGAACUCCAGGACAAACCACUCCCUUUCCUUCCAGGGGUCCCUGGUGCGAGACCAUCGCCGGGGCCUGUAGAGUCGGCCAGUCUCCCUGCCCUGCCACCCCCUCCCCAUCGUGUGUCGGGCAUAUCCUCUCCAAAAUCCCUGCCUGUAGAAAUGUAGCUAGCGCCUCUUCUCUCUCGGUUGCCCCCCAGUGACUGGAUUGUGCUUAUUUUUUUUACUUGCAAGGCAUCGCCUGGUGCUUUCUGCCCCCCGGUCAUCUCCCCGCAGGGGCUCAGCCAUCCCGGCUGCUCCCUUUGCAGACGGUUCCUCGAUACUCCCGCCCUCGUCCACAUGCAGGUGACUCUUAAAGCAGCUGCUGUCUUCUUUCCGGCUUGCAGAGGCUGCUUUAAUGAACCCCAGGGGAGGCGUUUCCUCUCCCCACCUCCAAAACAUGCCCAGCUCUAAUGCCACCGCCUCUGGCUUCUCCACAUCAGACUUAACUUUAUUUUAAUACUAUUUUUAUUUUUCAGCCUGGGGCCACGUUCCCACCUCUGCGCCUCUUUUUGUGCGUUGCGAGGGUGGGUGGAAGCAAGAACGCCAUGCUUGUUCAUCAACAGAGGGUUAACCUUUUUAAUUAGCCUGUUUAUCUUAUUUUUUUUUUUAGGGAAAAAAAAUACCUGGUUUGAUUUUAGCUGAUUUGGUGGCUCAGGCCCUCCCUGCAGGCGUUUUAAAACUCUCUUUCUUUCCCUCCUUCCAAACUCUUAAUGCAUGUGUAAAAUGGCAGAAUGGGGUCAAUAUUUAGAAGAUUAACAGACUUUUUAAUAUUUUGUAAAUACGUUGGAAUUCUGUAAUUAUGUCACUUGUGGUAGUGAAAACAUGGCUGGGGUUAGGGAGCGAGGGAGGGAAUCUACUGUGCUAAGAUUUUAAAUUGAUGAUGAUGAUGGUGAUAAAGAUAAAUCAUGCAGCAUGACAUAGCAGUAAGUUUUUUUUCAGAACUCCUGUGGCAGAAGCCUGGGACAAAUUUUAAGUAGUGCAGAGAAAUGAACAAUGACCAGAGGUGAUGGACUUGACUGAAGUUUCAUAGUGGGCCAGGUCUGUUGAUGGGUUCUUCCCUUUUUUUAAAAAAAACUUUCUUUCCUGGGGAAAAAAGAAAUGUGGCCUCACUCUAAAGGAACCUUCAUUAGCCACCUUCACAGGAAGGGCCUUGAGGAUACAUGGCUUAAUCUGUUUUUUUUUUUUUUUAAGCAAGUUGCACCAAGGAGCCUGGCUUCCCUUUAAACUUAGCCCUCUCUGGGUUUACACUACAGUUCUCAGGAGUUGAGCCUAACAAUGCCAGAUCCAGAAGGCCACACGGUCCACGUUCUGUCUCAGCUGCUGAGCGAGGUUUCCUUUCUCACACCAUUCCUUGUUUUUAAACACUUCCGUUCAUUCCUGUAGCUACUAUAACACUAAGUUGAGAUGUGGAUAUCUCUUUCUCCAGCUUGCUUCUAUUUUUCCUGGGGGGGGAAGGGGUCUUUGUUUACCCCUAAUGUAUGUGAUUCCUUCCUCCCCUAUAGCUAUGGCAUAAACAUUCCAGAUAACGUUGAAGAGUGGUCCAAGAAAUCCUGGCAUUUAAUCAAACCUUGCCUGGGUGUGCAUUAUAAGGGGCCACGCCUAAGGAGAACAAUUUCACUACACCCUGGUAGUGGCAGGGAAGGUUAAAUUUUCCUGGGAGGGUGGUGGGGGUCUUCUCCCUCAUCUCUUCGACCUUUUCCCUGUCAAUUUAACUUUUUAAAAAUUUAUUUUUAUGGCUCUUCUCUGCUCGCGGCCAAAGCGGUAAAGCCCGUUUCCUACCUUGCACAGAGCAGGCCCCACCCCCGUCUCCUCUCCAGGUACGUGGUAGAUCUGCCCAAAGGGGCUGCAAAGAUCAGAGUCAAAAGCACAAAAAAAAAUAAAGGGGGGGGGAGCAGAGGGAUUUCAGCUCUGAAAAACGUGGAGGGUCUUGUGUUUCUGUUUUGGAGUGGGAAGAAACGAGAAAAGGAAGGUCUGGGAUCCGGGUUGUGGCAGAACACGUUCUUCGGGAAAGUAAAGUUCUUAAUUUGGUCCUGGCCACCCCCCUGCAGGCCACCCCCCAGCAGGCCACCCUGAAAAACGGGGUGCCUGUACAAAUCACGGGUGCUUGAAUCACAACCUCCCCCCUUCAGUCUUUUUGAGAACCUUUUUAACUGCCAAGCCAACGGCGUAGGGUUCCUUUUGGGCCAGCCUGAUCUCCACAGUGCCUUGGGCGAUGGGACAGCUCUGAAAGCCAGGAGCAAUUUCACUCACCACCCGUCAACUCCCCCCCCUCCCUCCCCCCAAGAAAAAGGUUGAUUGAUUAAAAACAGGCAAGGGAAGCUGGUUUCUGAGACUUCCACGUGCGAUUUUUCACUGGGAACACUCUUAACUUCUGUCUGAAUUGUCCUGUGUUUUAUUGUCACCGUGUAGAAAACCUCUUAGCCUUUUCCCCCAUUCUACUGCCUCUGUUUAGCAACUGUAUUCUAGAGACUGUAA